AUGCCAAGAUCGUUUCGUGCAGGUUCACCAUUGCCAAUUGAUCCGGAAAUUGAGAAAACCGCAAAGAAGCUAAGAAAGCAAGCUAAGCUUCGGAAGAAGCAAGGCACGUCUACUUCUUCACAGGUUCUCAAUAUUUGGAAAGAUAUUGAGUUGUCAUCCGAUUCAGAAGAACAAACGGAGGACGAAGAAAAGAAACCUCAUUUUGAGCAAGAAGAACCGGUCAUCGAGACUGAAGAGGAAAUGACGAAUCCCGAACGCACUUUAAGGGAAUGGGCAGCACCCAACGUCGCUGAGCAACCUCUUUGCAUCACUUAUCCGCCGGAAGAGGUAAGUGCAGAACUUAAAACUGGUUUAAUACACUUACUGCCUCGUUUUCAUGGUUUAGCUAACGAAGACCCGUACAAGCAUAUGACCGAGUUCCACAUGGUGUGCUUGGGGAUGAAACCACAAGGCACGACGGUGGAGAAUCUCAAGCUAAAGGCAUUUCCAUUCUCCCUAGUUGACGCAGCUAGGGAGUGGCUUUUCUACUUACCGCCAGGAUCCAUCACCACUUGGGCGCAAAUGGCGAGAGCAUUCCUCGACAAGUACUUUCCCGCAUCCAAAGCCGCCGGGCUUAGAAGAGAGAUAUGUGCGAUCAAGCAGAAGGACAUGGAGUCUUUAUACGAGUAUUGGGAGCGCUUCAAGCGCCUUUGUGUAAGUUGUCCUCAACAUGGAAUUUCUGAUGAAUUAAUAAUUCAAUAUUUUUAUGAAGGUUUGCUACCGAUGGAAAGAAAGAUGAUGGAUGCUGUGAGCGGAGGAGCUAUAGUGAACAAGAUACCAACACAAGCGAGGACUUUGAUAGACACCAUGGCGAAAAACUCCAAGCAAUUUGGAGUACGGAGUGACAUUGGUCGAGGCGCUAGUGAGGUACAUGUUAAAUCUUUAGAGACUAAAAUAACUGAUUUGACUAACCUUGUGAAACAGCUUGCCAUGGGUAAUAUGCCUCAAGUCAAGAAUUCAAGCAAUCGGGCUCCCGACCCUUUCUCGAGCACAUACAACCCCGGUUGGAGGCAGCAUCCGAAUCUGAACUAUGCCCCGAGGCAAGGACAAGGACAAGGUCAACAAUUUCAGCAAAGAGGCUCAUUCCAGCAAUCUCAGCAGUUUCAACCUCAACAAUUCCAAGCACCACCGGGUUUUCAGCAACAACAUCAACCGAAGGCACCAUUUCAGCCGAGUGCCCAACAUCAACAUCAAGUGUCACCGCAAGCUCCUAGUGGCUCAGGUAUGUCAUUAGAGGAUUUAGUUAAGUCUAUGGCUGCUAACAUGGUGAAAUUUCAACAGGAAACUCAGGCAAGUAUUCAAGACCUUCAGGCCACUGUUGGCCAAUUAGCAAACAAAGGUAAAUUGCCGUCUCAAACGGAGAUGAAUCCGAAGGCAAAUGUGAGUGCUGUCACUUUGAGAAGCGGAAAGGAGCUUCAAGAGGUUGUAAAGAAGAAGAAAGAAAAGGUUCAUGAGGAAGAAGAAGAGUUAGAAGUCAAGACAUCCACUUCAGGUGCAAAGGAUGCCAAAGAAGAGGAAGCAAAGAAGAAGACACCCGAAUUGAUAGUUCAAGCACCGCCAUUCCCGAGCCGAUUCGAGAAGACAAAGCGGGAGAGUGAAGAGAAGGAGAUCCUUGACACAUUUCGGAAAUUUCAGGUAAACAUCCCUUUAUUAGAUGCAAUUAAGCAAGUUCCUAGAUAUGCUAAGUUCUUGAAAGAGCUUUGUACGAAUAAAAGGAAACUAAAGGGCAAUGAAAAGAUAAGCAUGAGUCAAAAUGUGUCCGCUGUUUUGCAAAGACAGUUACCACCCAAGUGUAAAGACCCGGGCAUGUUUACCAUACCAUGUAAGGUAGGCAAUGUCUCGGUAGAUCAAGCCAUGUUGGACUUGGGGGCAUCAAUUAAUGUUAUGCCAUAUGCYRUCUMCUCAUCUUUGGAUGUAGGGCCCCUUAAGCCAACCGGUGUGGUAACCCAAUUAGCGGAUAGGUCUAUUGGCUACCCUAAAGGGGUAUUAGAGGACGUGCUAGUUCAAGUGAAUGAAUUGGUCUUUCCGGCAGAUUUUUAUGUUAUAGAUAUGGAGGAGAAAAAUGCCUCCAAGGUCGGUAUGCUUUUGCUAGGUAGACCAUUUUUGAAAACCUCUAAGACGAAGAUAGAUGUCCAUAGUGGUAGUUUGACCAUGGAAUUCGAUGGCGAGAUGAUUAAAAUUAAUAUAUAUGAUGCCAUGCGAUUUCCUAGUGAUGUUUCAUCUUUAUGUUUUGUUGAUAUUAUCGAGUCUUUAUCUGACACUAUGACCAAGGCGUUCCAUGCCUCUCGUAUUUCACGUAAGUCUUCUACUAAAGGUCAGAAAGUUCUCCUCUAUCACUCUAGAUUAAAGUUAUUUCCCUGUAAGUUAAGGUCCAGAUGGAUAGGACCUUUUGUUGUUUUAACCGUUUUUGAGCAUGGUGCAGUGAAGAUACAAAGUCUAUCUACGGGGCAGAUUUUUAAAGUUAACGGCCAUAGGCUAAAGCCGUUCUAUGAAGGCUUUGAUGGAAGGGAAUUAGAAAGGGUAGCUUUGGACACGCCAAGCUACAAGAAUUGA